AUAAUUGAGUAACGCACCAUGUUAUCUGCACCGAUUUUGAGCGUAUUUAAUCGGUUAAGACUUCUGAACUAACAACCUGCAGUAAACAUCACACGCUUCGAAAUGAGCAAAAACCACUUCUGACAAUCACCACCGUCAUCGUUCAGUCAACAUAGGUGACUCUAUGGCCACUCAAUCGUCCCCUCCUCCUCCUUCUAGUGUUCCCGAUGAGAAACCCCAAAGUCCAGCUUCAGAGCUGGCACAACCAACAAAUGAGAUUCAGCAGCCAGCCAGGGAGGAGGCUACUAAACAGAGUCCCCCAUCUGUCUUUGUGAACUCGGAACCAAUGCGAGAGGAUCAAGUGCAGAAUGCUGUAAAAUUUCUUUCACACCCAAAAGUUAGGGGUUCUCCGGUCAUGUAUAGGCGAUCCUUUCUUGAAAGGAAGGGCCUAACAAAGGAGGAAAUUGAUGAAGCUUUUCGCAGAGUGCCUGACUCCCCUCCAAGCACACAAGCAAAUGUUACAAAUCAAGUAGAUGCUCAAGUGAGAUCAACAUCAAAUGUUCAGCCGCCAGCCCAGACACAAGUUCUUCAGCCUGCAGCAGCUGCUCCUACUGGUACUGUUUCCUCUGUGGCAACUUUAGCAAGAUCCCGUUUUCAAUGGUAUCAUGCUGUUUUAGCAGUAGGAUUACUGGCAGCUUCAGGUGCUGGGACAGCUGUCCUGAUUAAGAAUGCUAUUGUUCCCAGACUGAAGUUGUGGAUACGCAAGGUUGUAUUGGAAGAAGAAGAAGACUCUAUGAAGAAAGUUAAUGCAAAACCAAGUUUGGCAGAAGAGGCAGCUGCAGCCGCAAAAUCAGCUGCAGCAGCGGCAGCUGAUGUUGCAAAAGCAAGCCAAGAAAUCUUGAAUUCAAAAAGUGAAGAGAAGAGAUACUUUGAGGAAUUUAUGAAUUUGCUGGAUCUUCAAGUUCAGGAAAUGAAAUCAAUGAGUAUGGCGAUACACAAAUUGGAAGGACAAGCUAAUAACCUUGGAAGAACAUCUCUUGCUGAUCAAGAAGAUUAUACACUCUCAGUGGCAAAUCAUCCUAAGCAAACCUAUGUGAAUGGGAAGGCGGAUUCUGAUUUGCGCUCAGUGAGAUCUUCCUCGCCGCCCACGUCUGCUGAACCCUCAGUAGCACCACACCCAAAGUCAUAUAUGGAGAUCAUGGCAAUGGUCCAAAGAGGAGAGAGACCUCCAAACAUCAGAGAUAUCAAUGAUCAACCGCCCAACCCUAACCAGCAAAUUUCAAAUCCUCGCUUGGCACCUAGAAAUAAGCCUUGGGAGGUGGGUCAAUCCCAAACCAAUUUGAGCCAAGUGCUUCAGCCCCAAGUAAAUGGAGAAGGUUUGAAUACCAAGAUACAAGAAAACGGGGUGACCUAUCAGUUUGAUGGCGAGAACACUACACCUUGGUGGCAGCGGAAGAAUGCGAGAAUCACAGAGAUUGAAAAUGAAGAUGAACUCAAGACUGGACCUUACAGUGCACGAACUAAUGAGCAGCCAAUUCAGCGUGCAUGGGUUCCUCCACAGCCACCGCCUGUUGCAAUGCCUGAAGCAGCAGAAGCCAUUCGACGGCCAAAACCAUCAGUUCAGAAGGAACAGUUGGCUGAUGAUCAGCCUGUGUCUCAUUCCACAGACGCAACGGAUGAGUUGCAGAGGAUAACAAAAAUAUCUGAAUCAGGUGGUGCAGUGGAGAUCAACGGUGGGGAAUCAGAGGUAAACUCAAGCGAGAUAAAGGAAGAUCAAGAACACAGCUAUGAAGGAAACUGAAGGUGGAUUUGAAUUUGCAGGAUCAGCUGGCCUGAAUUACAGGUAGGUAAUUACGAGUAAAAAUAAUUGUUUGAAGAAUUAUCCUGUAUCUGCCUGAAACUAUAUGUUUAUUCCCAUGAGUAUUGUGUAUCCAAAUUGAGCUUUAAACAAUAUAUGUGGUAUUUAUUUUAUAAGGGAAUAAAUUGUGAAUAAACAAAGCAAAAUUGCAAUCUUUAUAGCGUAGUCUAA